GUCAAAAUGGAGGACAGCCCGUCACCCGCUCACGCCCCUGUUCCACCGCCAAGCCUGGACCAGAAUUCCCUCUUGUCCUCGCCGCAAGUGCCUGGGGACGAUGCACAGGCAGUAGCAGCAACUCCCGGGAGAGCUGCUGUUUCUGAGUCGCCUCGUUCUCGCUCCCUCUCCCAGUCUUCCCACUCCGCCUCGCAUUCUCACUCACUCUCCCACUCGCAUACGCCCAGGUCCAAGCCAGGGCUCACGCGGUCCCCCUCCUCCGCCUCCUCUACAGCCUCCUCACUCGCUUCCCCUUCCAAGCAUUCAUCAAGGUCGUCCUCGUCUCGGUCCCGCCAGGACGAGCCAUCAGGCCUCAAACCCCGCAUGCCCUCGUCCGCCUCUUCUGACGCCACAAACUCGCCCCGCCCGCGCCACAAGGAGGAGGUGGCACGGCUGGUGAGGGAGAAGGAGAGUGAAGCAGCUGCAGCUGCAGCAGCAGAGGCGAGUGCGGUGGCAGAGCGAGCAGCGCUGGAGGAGCAGGUGGUGGCUCUUAAGGGCGAGCUGGAGGAAGCGCAGGACAUCAUUGUCACUCUCUCCCAGGCGAAAGCUGAUGCUCAGGUGAAGCAACAGGGGUUUGCAUGGGGCUUUUGCUCAGUGGUGCUCGUGUGGCGCUUGCAGAAUUCCCUGCUGAGGAAGGAGGAGGAGAUGGAGGUGUUGGCGCGCCAGUGGCAGCAUCAGCUGGCAGAGCACCAAUCAGAGCUGCAGCAGCUGCAAAACAAACUCCAGGAGGCCCAGAAGCAGCUGCAAGAGCAGCAGCAGCAGCAGCAGCAACAAGAGUCCCCUGCCCCAUCGCCUUCCCUUUCCCGGGCUGCACGACAGGCAGAGCAGGAGAUACGGCAGCUGCAGGAGGAGGUGGAGCGGUGGAAGGAGCACUCAGCGGAGCUGGCGAGGGAGCGGAUGGACAAGGAGGACGAGCUGCUCGCCAUGCAGGAGGAGUGGAACAAAACGUGCCCGCCCGCACCAGUGUCCCAUGCUGUCAUCGUCUCCUUCAUCCCCUCUCGUAUUGCUUGUGCUCCCCGCCCCCUUUCCUCUUAUAGCCCUGUUUUCUCCCCCCGCCCUGUCUCCCACUCCGCUGCUCGGCAUCAGGAGUCGGAACUGCGGGUGCGGCUGACCCAGCUAGAGGCCGAGCGCAACCACUGGCAGAAGCAGUUUGCCGAGGCGUCAACCGGCCAGGCUGCCACUGCGCAUCGCCCUCCCUCCCCCGCCCGCACUGCCUUUGCCUCCGCGCCUUCUGGAAACGGAGACAGUGGUGACAGUGGUGGUUUGAAUGGCAGCGGAGGUGGAGAUGGGGUGGGAACAGCAAAGGAUUCGGUUACAGGAGCUGCAGCAGCUGAGGCAGAGGAGAAUGCUGAAGGAGGAACAGCCCGAUCCGAUGAUGCAGUCUCAGUACCAGCAGGAGAAGGGGCUGGGGCAGGGGCAGGACGAGGAGGAACAGGAGCAGGGAAGGAAGAGGAGUUGGCAGCAGUGCAGCAGGAGCUAUUGGUGUGUCGGGCAGAGGUGGCGCAGUUGAAAGCAGCAGAGGAGAGGCUGAGCCACGAGGUGCAGUCUCUAGGGAAGGAGAAGCGGGAGCUGCAGCGGGAGGUGGGGUCGCUGAAUGAGGAGCUCAGGAUGGAGAGGGAACUGUCUGCAGAGGCUGGGGUGAUGGCCGAGCAGGAGUGGCAGAAACGGCAGGAGCUAGAACGGGUGAAGAGAGAUCUGGAGCGGCAGCUGGCUAAGGCGAAUGCUGCUCCAGCUAGUACUCCUACUGCUGCUGGUACUCCUGGUGGGCCUGCUGGUGGCACGCCUGCAGCUGUUGGUGAUCACAGGGCGGGAGAGGGAACACUUGGGAUGCAGGGGAAAGGGGCUACCGGGACACGGGAGACCACAUGCAUGGAGGAGGAGGAGGAGGAGGAGGAGGAGGAGGAGGAGGAGGAGGAGGAGGAGGAGGAGGAGGAGGAGGAGGAGGAGGAGGAGGAGGAGGAGGAGGAGGAGGAGGAGGAGGAGGAGGAGGAGGAGGAGGAGGAGGAGGAGGAGGAGGAGGAGGAGGAGGCGAGACGAGAGGAUGCGCAGUCGGCAGCGGCAGUGCUGGGGCUAGUGAAGGAGCAGCUGGAGCUGCAGGUGAAGGCGCUGAAAGAGCAGGGCGAGAUGCUGCAGCGGAAAGCAGAGGCUCUCCAGCAGGAGGUGGCAGUGCUGCAGCGGGAGGUGCAGGAGGGGCGGCACAAGGUGGCAGAGGCACGAGAGGAGCAGACCAGGGCGGAGCAGGAGAGGGACAGGGAGGGGAUACGGGGUGCGUUCAACCGCGUGUGCCUGCAACUGGUAGGGGAGGCGAAGGAGAGGGUGGAAGAGGAGGCGGCGGCGGCAGCAGCGCUGGUUGCAUCAGCGAACGAGAGGGAGAAGGCGGCGGAGAAGUGUCUGUUUGCGCUGCUGAGUGAGGUGGCGCGGCUGGUGAAGGUGCACGAGGUGCAGGCGAGGAACAAGGGCGCCGCGUACCACCGAUACCGAAUCACUUUGGCGGAUAUUGAGAGCGUGAAGGAGGACCUGCAGGAGGUGGUGCGCAGUGUGGAGACGCACGCGGCUGUGGCUGAGCGAAGCCGUGUGAAAGGAUGGUCCGGGACAGGCUCAGACCUGACUAGCAUGGCUGAUGCCAUUGCUGCUGCCUCUGCUGCUGCCUCUGCUGCUGCUUCUGCUGCUGCUACUGCUGCUGCUUCCGCUGCUGUGACUGCUGCUGCUGGCGCGUCGUCAGUUGUGGGAGGGGGGGGCGGGGGAGGGGCUGAUUGGUCGGGGGCUCAAGCCCGGGGGGUGCAGGUGCAAGGCAGGGAGGAGGAGCCUGCAGCCAGCGCAUUAAUGGCAGAGCUACUGGAGAAGGAGCUUGACGGGGUCAUGAGCAGGGUUGCAGAGGCAGAGAAGCUGCAGGCGGCGAUUGAGGCUGUGGUGGCGGAGGAAAGGAGAUUAGUUGAGGAUGUGCAGAGGGAGCUGCAAGCAGUGCAGGCGAAGCUGGUCGAGGCGGAGAUGAUUCGCGAGCAGGCAGAGGCGCUGCGAGAAACAGAGCGGGUUCUGAGCAAGGAGAUUGAGGAGGAGGGCAAGGAGGCCAAGGUGCGGGCUUUGGAGGAGGAAGAAGUGGAGGGGAGGAUCAUCGCUCUUGAGGCAACGGAGCAGGUGAUUAGAUCAGAUCUGGAAGAGAAGAGCCUGCGGCUGAGGCAAAUUGACCGAGACCAUCCUGAUCUGAGUGCGGCUGUAAGCAUGGCAGGAGCGAGGGAGGGCAGUGCAGCAGCAGGGCUGAAGAAGCUGUUUGCUCUUGGGAGAGCGACGGAGCCUGCGGUUGUUGUUCCAGCGUCGCUGUCUGCUGUAGCGAAGGAGCGGGCGAAGCUGCUGGAUGAGAUACGGGUGAUGCGGGAGCAGCUGAUGUGGACGCAGUCGUCGCUCAUCAAGGCUCGGCAGAGACUGCCAGAGCUGCAUCAGGAAGCAGUGGAGUGCCGGCGAAGGGUGGAGAAGAAGGAGAAGGAGGCAGUGAGGGUCAGACAGUGGCUUCAAGACCAUGCCGCUGCUAUUGGGGGCACAGGGGGAGGAGAGACAGGAGGGGGUGGGGCAGGAGAAAGAGCAAGGGGAGGGGAAGCAGUGUCAAGGGUGGGGGUUGGAGGAGGCAUGGCAAGUGUGGUGGGAGGGUUAUAUGGUGGGAUUGGAAGCGUUGCUGGUGAUAAAGAAGAUGCAGGCAAGAAGAGUGGUGGCGGUGGCAGUAAAAAUGACGGCCACCCAUCCAGCUCACCUCGGGGACAUGCCACUGCAGCUGCUAAUGCUGGUGCUUCUAGUGCUGUGGCUUCUACAGCCUCUACUACAGCCACGUCAGGAUCCAUACCACCAGCAGCAGCAGCUGCUGCUGCAGCACCACCUCCAAAACUCCCGCAGGCUCCAGUGGUGGAGGAGCAACUGCAAGUUGGAAAUAACCAAAUGGUGGAUGAAGGAGGGACAGCGGUGCGUAGAAGUGCGGAACCAGUGGGAGGCUAUGAUGCUGGGGAGGAGGAGGAGGAUGAUGAGAACGAUGAGGUGGAGGAGUACAUUGAGGGAGAUGAAUAUAUCGGAGAGGGGGAUGACGACGAGGACUACAGAGAGCAGGAUGACCAACCGAACGAGUGUGUGCGGAUGGUGGCCUCUGAGCUGGAAGAUAGUCCUGGGCUACAGGAGGAAACCUCUGAGGCGAUUGAUGAGGAGGUUGCUGCAGCUAAAUUUGUAGAAUAA